AUGGUACCUUUCGGACUUCGCACGGGAAACCAGCGCCGGCCCCAUUGUCAAUCCUCUGCAGAUACCGACGGUACAGCCUCUGGUCUAGAACCCCAAGGAUUUGAUCCCACCUUGGCGGAUGUACUCAAUGUUCGGCAAUUGUUACAAUGGUACCUCCCACGUGGUCUGCCCGAGGAGCUCGUUGAUAUGAUCGUUGAUGCUGCGGAAUAUUGGCCUUCGGUAGAGCAGAGAAUGCAAGAUCAAUGGAUUAUUCAGAAAGACCGUGAUCAAGUUUUGCUGAAGACAGUUCCCCUUUGCUAUGAUCGGAAUAGCUUGGAGAAAGAAUCGAACCCCACCCCUCUACCUCAUCGCGGAGUACACCCUUGUCGCAAGAUAGUCUUCCAUAUUUCAUCGCACGACCAAGGCGGCGGGCGGCGCCGCGACAACAUGUAUGAAUAUUCGUGGACUUGGUUUGACACUGAAGUUAUUCGCGGGGCGCAUAAGAGGAACAUGUACGUUGAUGGAGUUGAGCAAGAAAUCCUGGACAAUGAGCGUGGACAAGUCCGAAAACACUACACCGAGGCAGAUGCACUACUAUUGCCGCGCGACAACAAAUUGCAAGCCAAUGGGGCCCAUGUGAGCGAAAUGCAACACAAUACCAUUGUGUGGGAUUAUCGAGACGAUAUCCAGGCAGACUCGCCAGAGGCUUUUGAAAUUGAGAAGAACCUGGGUCGUGGCCGGCUUACUCUUGAUGGACAUGGAGUGCGUGAGUUGGAGGUUGGCGAUUCGAUUGCCAUUUGGGCCCGCGCAAGGUUUCCCGGCUGGUCGAACCACGUUUCCCGAGCGAUCGUGAGGAUAUACUGGGCUGUAUAA